CGUUAUACACCCACACAUCGAAAUGCGAGGGAUAGUUUUGGAGGUAUGUCAAUGAUUAGUGAUGCUAGUGAUGAGGAUCUAAGAACGGCAAGUAUUGUCAAGGUGGUUUGUAGUCCUGUGGUGGUGGGAAGAGGUGUUUUGGUCGGGGAAGAAGUUUUGGAUGAGGUUGGUGUGGCGCUUUAA